AUGCGUGGCGCCAGCGGCGGCGCGCCGGCGGCCACCGCCGUGCUGCUGGUGCUGCUGGUGGUGGUGGCUGCGGGGGUGGCAACGCCGGCUGCGGGGGCGGAGCCGCGAGCCGCGCGCGUCAAGCGCAGACUCGUCUUCCUCGAGGGCACCACCUUCUGGGUGCGACUGAACAUUAAGAAAGACAUAUUGCCGUACACCAAUCUCUUCGCAUUCGCUUACGGAUUCAGAGUCAACUAUCCACUGCCUACAGGUGCGAAAGACUUCCCGUUAAAACGAAUAUUCCGAAGAGACGUCUACGGAGAUCUGGAACACCUUAUUUCGCAACACGGUCUGGACGGCCGCGCAUGCGUGCUGAGAGCCAUCUGUGAAGCGGCCAGCCUCGUGAAGCCACGGGGUCUCGUGCAGAAGCUGCUGCACCGGAUAUUCAGUGUACCAGCAGACGAGGCCCGGCAUCUGCAGCCGUACCACGUGCUCGAGGGGGGCUGUGAGCGCCUGCACGAGUCCUGCCCCCUGUCCCUGCUACACCUGACCGUCAUGGUCGAUCCCGACGAUGACAUCUGA